CAGAUCUGUGACAUUCAGCUAGUAAUCUCCCGUCUUCGGUCCCAGUAACAUGCAACUCUUCGCCAUCCUCUCGCUCGCCCUCGUGGCCCUGGCCUCGGCCGAUGUCAGCCACCUGAGCAACACCUACCUGCCGCCCCGCUCUGGCGCCGCCUCUACCAGCUACGAGUCCUACCAGUCGGCUCCCGCCGAGUCCGCCUCCUUUGCCUCGGAGUCCUACUCCGCCCCAGCGGAAGCCGCAUCUUCCACAGACGACAGCGAGUCGUAUGUCGCUCCUGCCGCCACUUACAACAGCGAGUCGUAUGCCGCUCCUGCCGAGUCCUACGCCGAGACCGCCGCUGAGGAGACCUACGACCAGCCCGCCGCUGUUGCUGCUGCCUCGUACUCCGCCCCCGUGGUGACCAAGACCUACUCUGCCCCAGCUGUGACUUCCUACACGAAGACCUACACGCCCCCAGCCGUGACUUCCUACACUGCUCCCGCUGUUGUGAAGACCUACUCCGCGCCAGCCGUGACUUCCUACACUGCUCCCGCUGUGGUGAAGACCUACUCCGCGCCAGCCGUGACUUCCUACACUGCUCCCGCUGUGGUGAGGAGCUAUUCCGCCCCAGCCGUGACUUCUUACACGAAGACCUACUCAGCCCCAGCCGUGACCUCCUACACUGCUCCCGCUGUUGUGAAGACCUACUCCGCGCCAGCCGUGACUUCCUACACUGCUCCCGCUGUGGUGAAGAGCUAUUCCGCCCCAGCCGUGACUUCUUACACGAAGACCUACUCAGCCCCAGCCGUGACCUCCUACACUGCUCCCGCUGUUGUGAAGACCUACUCCGCGCCAGCCGUGACUUCCUACACUGCUCCCGCUGUGGUGAGAAGCUAUUCCGCCCCAGCCGUGACUUCUUACACGAAGACCUACUCAGCCCCAGCCGUGACCUCCUACACUGCUCCCGCUGUUGUGAAGACCUACUCAGCCCCAGCCGUCUCCUCCUACACCGCUCCCGCUGUGGUGAAGAGCUAUUCCGCCCCAGCCGUGACUUCUUACACGAAGACCUACUCAGCCCCAGCCGUGACCUCCUACACUGCUCCCGCUGUUGUGAAGACCUACUCCGCGCCAGCCGUCUCCUCCUACACCGCUCCCGCUGUGGUGAAGAGCUAUUCCGCCCCAGCCGUGACUUCUUACACGAAGACCUACUCAGCCCCAGCCGUGACCUCCUACACUGCUCCCGCUGUUGUGAAGACCUACUCCGCGCCAGCCGUGACUUCCUACACUGCUCCCGCUGUUGUGAAGACCUACUCAGCCCCAGCCGUGUCCUCCUACACCGCUCCAGCUGUGUCCACCUACUCGGCACCUGCCGUAUCCACCUACUCGGCGCCUGCCGUAUCCACCUACCGCGCUCCAGCCGUGGUCAGCGGAUACUCUGGCAUCGACACCACCUACGGCACCAACGGUGGAUAUGUCUAUUAGACACUGAACUCGAAUCUUCUCAUAAUGAGCGCACUUUUUUUUGUAUAAAUCGAAAUCAAAUAAUCUA